GUUUUGGUAUUUGUACCAUGGAGGUAUAAAAAAGUGGUCAUUGCUGUUUUGAUUUUUUGCUGUUUUGUCCAGAAACCAAAACAACGAAUGGAUGAUCGGAGAAGGAGUGUACCUAAAUCUCCACUAUUCUAGGCACUCAAUCUUUGAUACUGUUUAAGAACAGUCACCAUUUGUGGAUUUACUUUAAGUUGCCAUGGCAAUACUACAAGAUCUUUGCCAAGAUGGUAGCAAAGAAACCAACAAUUAUACAUUUUGGGGCUAUAAUUCCUAUGGAGCUUGCUAUGAGCAACUUAUAUGCAUCCUGCCAGCAUACAUAAUAUUUGGACUAACUAGCUGUGUCUAUGUUGAUAGAAAACUUCAAAGCACAAACCCAAUUUUAAAAAAAUGUAGAAGUUUAUUUAUUCGAUUCUGCAUAUCGAUAACCAGUAUAUUACUUCCUGUUCUGAACACAAUUCUACUGUAUGCCUAUAUUAAAAAAUCUUUGAGUAUCGCUUACAUCUGUGCUACCGCUUUCAGUGCAGUUUCUUGGCUUAUUCACAGCGUCCUUGUCUGGCGAAUGCGUGGGAUGUCUGUUACGCAUGUUCGGGGCCCCAUUCCAGUGCUUCUUGCAUGGAUGCUGACUGUUGUCUCAGAUUGUAUACAAUUGAAGACAAUCAUAUUACAAUAUACACAUAAUAAAACUGAUAUGCAGUUAGCUCUAGGGAUCAUCAUAACAACUGUCACUCUUCAGGUUCUGUAUUUUGUUACACUGAUUCCAGGGCCCACUCAUGUUCGGCCAUUUUAUUUACCGCCUGAUAAUACCCAUUCGUCAAGUAUCAAUGAAGCUGAAAAGGAUGAUGUCGAUGAGGAGGAUGAGUCGUCAAGCCUGCUCGGUACCAGAAGGCAAAGGAGAUAUGGUACCAGCCCACCUGCGCUGCCAGGUAAGCAUAUUGAACUAGGGGUCGCAGAAGAUGGAGCUAGCAUUUUUUCAAAAUUGGUGUUUGCCUGGGUUCAACCAUUAAUGUUAAAGGGGUCAAAAGGACAGAUCUCUAAACCAGAUGAUGUUUUUCAAUUGCCAUCUCAAUUAAGACCACAGAUAGUUUCUAGGAAGUUUCAACAAAUUUGCAGUAACAUUUUUGACACCAAAAGUGUACAAGAUCAGAGUAAUGGUCAUGUUCCGGAAGAAAACGGUUUAACUGAUCAGCCGUGCGUCAUAUAUUCUUCCUCCGCCAAUAAAAAACAUGGAAAGUACAAACUUAUCAGUUGUUUGAACAAAGCAUUUGGACUGAAGUUCUACUUUUUAGGAAUCGUUAAAUUCAUUCAGGAUUGCAUUGGUUUUGCCGGGCCUAUCUUUCUACAUGCGUUGGUGUCGUAUAUAGAAAACAGCGGGGAAUCAACAUCUGAUGGCUAUUAUUAUGCAAUGGGGUUAUUUUUUUCAACAUUGCUUGGAGCAUUCCUAGGAUUACAUUUCAACUACCAAGUCAGUAAGAUCCAAGUGAAAGUUAGGGGCGCAUUGAUAAGUACGAUUUACCGCAAAUCGGUGCGUGUUAACAUGGCCACGAUGUCUAAGUUUACGACAGGAGAGAUUGUGAAUUUUAUGAGCACAGAUACGGACAGGGUUGUCAAUUUCUGCUCAAGCUUCCAUCAGUUCUGGAGUCUUCCAUUCCAAAUAGUGGUGGCUUUGUAUUUGCUGCAUCAGCAAGUUGGACUCGCAUUUUUGACGGGGCUAGGCUUCGUGUUGCUGCUUAUUCCAGUCAACAAAUGGCUGACGGUAAAAAUUCAAGGCUACAACGAGAGUAUGAUGAAGCAGAAAGAUGACAGAGUGAAGCUUAUGAGUGAGAUCCUGAGUGGAAUACGUGUGAUCAAAUUCUACGCUUGGGAACUGAGUUUCCAGGAGAAAGUCAACAGGCUGCGUUCUUUGGAACUGGACAGUCUGAAAGGCAUUAAGUACCUGGAUGCUUGGUGUGUCUACUUCUGGGCUACCACACCUGUCCUCAUCUCCAUCUUAACAUUCACAACAUAUGCUGGUAUAGGAGGCAGCUUGACAGCAGCGAAGGUUUUUACAAGUGUUGCUCUAUUCAACAUGCUGAUUGGCCCAUUAAAUGCAUUUCCUUGGGUCAUCAACGGUGUCAUUGAGGCCUGGGUAUCAGCUCGUAGGGUGGAGUCGUUCCUUCAACUUGAAGAUAAUGAUCUCAAUAAGUAUUACAAGCCAGGCCCAAUGAAUGGCGACCAAUCAGUACUUGAUGUCCAGAUUCAAAAUGGACACUACAAUUGGGGUAAAUAUCGAAGUCCAAAUAUGUCUGACCAAUCAAAUGCAGUAGAAAGAUCUGAUGUGGAAGGGGAUGGAAUGGCAAAGCCAGCUGGAACGCUAUCUCUAACAGACAUCAACUUAUCGGCCUUUAAGGGUCAGCUUAUAGGGGUAAUCGGAACAGUAGGCUGUGGAAAGAGCUCUUUGCUUGCAGCUCUAAUGGCCGAGAUGAACCAUGAUAGAGGGUCAACAUGGGUGUCAAGCUUGGAGGAAGGCUUUGGCCUAGCUGCCCAAGAGUCCUGGAUACAGCAUGCAACACUCAGGGAUAAUAUACUGUUUGGUGAAGAGUAUGAUAAUGAGAGAUACAAUGCUGUUCUACAGGCUUGUGCUUUGAUUGAAGAUCUUAAGAUCCUUCCAGCAAGUGACAAGACAGAAAUUGGUGAGAAUGGCGUAAACUUAAGCGGUGGUCAGAAGGCAAGGGUUGCACUAGCUAGAGCAGUCUAUCAGGAUAAAGAUAUCUAUCUACUGGAUGAUCCUCUAUCUGCUGUUGAUGCUCACGUUGGUGACCACCUGUUCAACAAAUGCAUCUUGGGAAUUCUGAGAGAAAAGACCAGAAUCCUUUGCACCCACCACAUCAGAUACCUUUGGCAAGCUGAUGUCGUGGUUGCUAUGGCAAAUGGUACCAUAACAUCUAUCGGCCCACCAUCAACAGUUCUCAAUGAAUUUGAUUUGAGUGAAGAUGGCCUAACGCCAGCUGCAAGUGGGAGUGGGGAUACACUGCACGACGAGAAGGAUGAUUUGACUGGUGGUGACGAACACAUCGACGACACCAGCGAUAAACUGAUACAAGAGGAAGAACAGGAUAAAGGCGUUGUGAAGCUGGAUGUGUAUCAUGCUUAUUGGAAGGCUGUAGGCAAUGUUUUAGCAGUUGCUGUAUUCAUAUCUUUGUUCUUUAUGCAAGCUUCAAGAAAUGUGAAUGAUUGGUGGUUGGCAUUCUGGGUAACGCAUUCAGCAGACCAGGAGACAUUGGGCUACAAACAAAGGUCUGUUGAAGUACAAUAUACUUAUUCCAAUUCCUCAAUAACGCCAAAGAAUCUAACAACAGCCACAGACAACUUAAGAUUCUACCUCGGUAUUUACGGCGGAUUAGCUGUUGCAAACUCUGUCUUUACUCUUCUCCGAGCAUUUUUAUUUGCGUAUGGAGGUUUAUGCGCCACAAAGCUGAUACACGACGACGUAUUUAACAGAAUCCUGCAAGCGCCAAUUUCAUUUUUUGGAGAAACACCGAUUGGAAGGAUCCUAAAUCGGUUCUCAUCCGAUGUUUACAGUAUAGAUAAAGAUUUACCGUUCAUGCUGAAUAUAUUCUUGGCUCAGGUGUUUGGUAUUCUUGGUACCAUCAUCAUCACCUGCUAUACUUUACCAUGGUUCAUUCUGGUGCUAGUACCCAUAUUCCUGGUGUACUACCUUAUACAGAAAUAUUACCGAAAAACAUCAAGAGAGUUGAAACGUGUAACAAGUGUUACACGCUCACCAAUUUAUGCACAUUUCUCUGAAAGUCUUGCUGGCCUGAUGACAAUCAGGGCAUUACGAGCAUCUGAACGGUUUGAAAAGGAGAAUCUGACAAGACUUGAGCAGAACCAGCGUGCUGAUUUCUGCAGUCAAGCUGUGACAAUGUGGCUGGGAUUUUGGCUUCAGUUGUUAGGCGUGGUCAUGGUUGGAGCUGUAGGAUUGCUGUCAGUUUUGGAGCAUCACAAUGGCGGUAUAAACCCUGGACUUGUUGGCCUAGCCAUCUCCUACAUUCUUGGAAUCACCGGGCAGCUGAUGGGCGUCAUAACCUCAUUCACUGAAACAGAGAAGCAGAUGGUUAGCGUUGAACGUAUUAUGCAUUACAUCAAUGAGGUGCCUCAAGAAAGUCAAAAUGCAUUGAUCUAUACUCCAGUUCAAUGGCCAUCUCUAGGUCGAAUAUGUUUUAAUGGGGUCAGUUUUUCUUAUCGACGUCAUCUACCCAAUGCUCUGAAUUCUGUCACGUUCACAACAGGACCAGGAGAAAAGAUUGGCAUUGUUGGAAGGACAGGUUCGGGAAAAUCCAGCCUUUUCCAAGCCUUGUUCCGAAUGGUUGAAAUUCAGGAUGGUUACAUCACCGUAGAUGGCACCAACAUCUCACAUAUUCAAGUUCAAGAUCUAAGGUCUAAACUAGCUAUCAUCCCGCAGGAUCCAUUCUUAUUUUGCGGCACAAUCAGAGAAAAUCUUGAUCCAAAGGGAAACUAUUCAGAUGCUGAAUUAUGGUCCAUCUUGGAGAAGUGCCAUCUGAGGGAAGUGGUUCGAGAUUUAGGGGGAUUGGAAGGGGAAGCUGCGGAAAAAGGUCGUCAUUUUUCAGCAGGUCAACGUCAGUUAGUUUGCUUAGCCAGAGCAAUGCUGACAAGGGCAAAGAUUUUGUGCAUUGAUGAGGCCACAGCAAGCAUCGACCACGACACCGACAAACUCCUUCAAGACACCAUUCGCACGGAAUUUCGCCAGAACACAGUCUUAACUAUCGCCCACCGUAUCAACACAGUCCGGGACAGUGACCGGGUGAUCGUAAUGGACUCGGGCAAGAUCGCGGAAUUCGACACCCCUGAUGAACUACUGCGAGACACACAGUCUUUGUUUUACGGGCUAGUGCAUUUAAAAUAAACCCUUGAAUUUUUAUAUCACCUCAUAUGUACUUAUUUAUUUAAAAAAUAUAUACACUUUGUUGUCACAAUGUUUUUCUUCGUCAGCUAUUUGAUUUAUAUUUAAUUUGAAAAAGCUAAUUAUUUUAGAUUUAUAUUAUGCACAAUUGAAGUGCCUAUUUUUUAUAUAUGUAACUUAAAUUGAAGCAUUCUAUUCUGUAAUUAUCGUGUUUUUCAUAUGAAAAAUUAAAUAACCAAUUAAAUAGAGUUAUAUAAUAGAAUAGGCUCUCAAUUAUUUGGCAUGUGUGUCUAUAAUUUAUCAAUACUACGAAAAUUGUAGUAAUAGAUUUACCAGCACUUGGGCACAGACUUUUUAUAGAUUGUUGAUACAUGAACGGUUGGCCUAGGCCACCACGUUGACACUUAGGGGCCACGUUAGCUUAGGGUAAAACACAGGCUUCAUUUUGUUGUCAUGGUUUGUCAUUAAUUGUAUUGACUAAAAUACUAUUUUGUUUAGUGAUGUCAAAAAAAAAACUCUGUUGUUGUAUUCUGUCGAUAAUAAAUGAGAUUCAAAGUGUUGGCAAUCAUUUUUCCUGAGUAGCCUACUGAUUGGUUGAUGAAGGUAGAUUACUCUUGGCAAAACUUUGACAACAAAAAUAGUCUGGAUUUCCACAAAUGCAUACAAAAGGUGUUUGUAUAACUUCUGUGUAUUAAAUAUAAAAUAUUGUGCCAAAAAUAUUUUAGAAAUGUAAGAUAUGAAAUAACAAUUGCUAAAGAAGUCAGAAAUAACAAAGUUUAAAAAGUAAAUGUUUAUGGUUUUAUUCAAAACAGUGUUACACAGACUUUCUGAACUAAGCAUAUGUGAUAUUAUGUUAGUACACAGAUGGAAUUCAUUAGCUUUAAAAAUUAAACCAUUACCACCAUUAGAAUACAUAUUACUUUUGAUAUUGCUUUCACACCUGUACUGUUUCUUUGAGUUUUUUAACUGAGUGUGGUGUGAUGUUUAAUGUAUGAACACAAAUGAAAUUAAUUAUUUUCCUUUAAUAAAAAAAGAACAAAGAAAA